GGCAGAUGGAAAAGGGAACAGACAGAAUGGCCGCCGCGGCUCCCGCUCCUCCUGCCGCCGCCUCCCAGUGCCGGAGCCCCCGCUGCACGGCGGAGCGUAGAGGAGUCCGCCGCGAACUCGACUCCUGGCGGCACCGGCUCAUGCACUGUGUGGGUUUUGAAAGUAUUUUAGAAGGGCUUUAUGGACCAAGGCUACGAAGAGACCUCAGUUUAUUUGAAGGGGAUGGAGUGUUAGAUCUCUCUACAAAGAAAAGCGCAAGGUUGGAAGAGCCAAAAUACGAUCCCUUGUGUUCUGAAAACUCGGUGUCUGGCUCAACAGCUGAUGCAAAUUCAGAGGAAACUACUAGUUUGGAAAAAGGAAAAUCAGCAUUAAACAAAGUUUUGGAGUCUUUUUGUUCAUAUCACUGGCAACAGACUUUGGCUAUGUUAAAAUUUUUAAUGCAAGAUGAAAGUGUUCCUAUAGUUUGCAGUUGCAAACAAACAUAUUCAGUCCACUCUGAAACUCCCAGUUUCCUUACUGAAGAAGAUGUUCAUGUUUCAUUUUGCAAUUGCAAAGGACAUAUGAUAACAAAAAGUUGCUGUUUACAAAAUCAAAUACCAAACACUUAUUUACCACCUCUGCCUAUUUGUAUUAAAGAUUUCCAUUCUUUGUCAUGCCAAGCUGUAGCGAUUGGAUGUAUUAAGACCAUGGUGAACAAAGCAUGUAGUUCUCAUAAGUAUUGUGCUGAACAGUUGCAAAAUUCUACCAAGCAUUCUGUGAAAGCAGUAGCAUGUGCAUCUUCAGUUAAGGACUGUGAUCUAUUAAACAGCAUUAAAAAUGCAAGUAGAUCUCGCAGCCCAUCACCACCACCACUGUCACCUGUGCAGAAUAAAGAAUUUGAGACAGUGGAAGGAUCAAUUAUGGAUUUUCCAAUUUUAGACAAUAACAAGCCUGAAAUAUCCAUCAACCAGCCUCCAUACCUAUUGCCAGCUGAAGGAAGCAAUGGAGAAUUUGAAUAUGAAAACAAAACAUGUGGAGAAAAAGUGACUGAAUAUUCAGCUGGAACACUGCAGUCAAUAGAUGAAGAAGACAACAAUUACAUGAAUUCUGAGAAAGCUGAGAAAGGUGAACAUUAUGCCAUUUUCCAAGAUUUAAUGGACCGUAUUAAUGAGAAGUUAAAAUCAAUAGACACUACAGACAUAGCAGCAAAUCUUGUAAAAUUUUCUAGCAUUGACAGGGCACCAGAAAACGAUGUAAAAUUAGGAGACUUUAUAACCUCCCUUUUGCAUAAUGCUAAGGCAAGUGAUUAUAGUUUUAUGGAAUUACUUCGCCAACAUGAUAAGCAAAUGGAAAAUAAAAUAAUCCAAACAAGAUUUCGGAAGCGUCAGGAAACUUUAUUUGCAAUGUACAAUUCUCCUGAUUCACCGUAUAUUCGACGACAGUCUUUGCAAAUCAAGAGGCAGCUUGCAAGCCUUGAUGAAACUCUUGUAAGAAAAAAGUCAAUUUCUGAGAGAAAUGCAAAGAAAUCUGCAAAGAAUUUUGAUAAGAUAUACCCAAACAAAAGGCACAGGUUAACUGUGAUAGAAGAUAAAGAUUUGCAAUGUCUUGAAAGUAAUCCUUGUAUGAAUUGCCAUACCAAACAAGUAUGUUUUCCAGUACACCAAACAGAGUCUUUCAAACUACCUCUUACUAAUUUUCAAACCAGCUCUGACUUUCUAGUUCUUUCAGAAGACAGUGCUUUUGCAGCCAACCAGGCUAAAUCUGCAAAAACUCAAGGAGAUUUUGCAACUCUAAAAGAGACUGAUCAGCUUCCUUUGCAUGGGGAGAGUAACGGAACCCCAGGCAGAACUAAACGCAACAUUGUGCCUCCUGGAUGGUACUCUGUGUACGUAACAAACAACAUUGUAUUCAGAAAAUCAUCUGAUGCAAAGAAGUCGUUGGAAUGUUUGGAAAAAAUGCAAAUAAAUGAAGAUGUUCAUGCUGAAAGAUGCAGUGAUGUAAAUAUAAACAAAAUUGUGAGAGACACGAAUCUGCAAGUUGUCGUAGAGCGUUUAGAAGAUACAAUUAACUUAGCUAAAAAGUCUAACAGCUCAUGGUUGAAUAGUUACAAAAUAAGCCAAAAAGUAAAAGAUAAUGCUUACGAACAGGUUAUGAACCCACUUGCUAAAAGUGACUUCCCUUUCAGUGCAGAUGAAAUGGAAUACACAGGACAAAGCUUCCUUCCACAUUCACGUUUGUCAAACAGCAAUAAAAACAAAACUCUGUGUGUGACAACAAGCAAGCAAGAAAUGGUUAUAGAUCAAGAAAUUAAUGACAGCCUUUUGAAGUCUCUGAGCAUUGAUUCAUCUAAUUCUGCAUCCAGCAAUGAGGCCUUGCAUACAACUUCUGGAGCUAGGGAAAUACCAUCUUUCUUAAGCUACUCAAGUCCCAUUAAGCUUAUGUUUGUCUCAGAGGUUAACAGCAGUGAAGGCAUCAAAUAUACUCUGACAUCUGCAACUACGUCUGCUAAAGGAAGCACAGAUGUUUGUUCGUUUCAGGGGUACACAAGCACUGUGUUAGACAAACAGGCCACAGAAAAUCUUUCUCAUGCAAUCUGUGUCAAUGAUUUUGAAAACAGUGCCAAGGAGGAAUCAAGCUGUGUUUGUGCGGAAGCAAUUACAAGCUCCUGUGCAGUUGGUCAAACUAACUUAAGUGACUCAAAACAAAAUGAAAUUGUGGAUAAAUCAAGCAAUAGUGGUGAAUCUGUUUUAAAAAGAAAGCCUGGUAGACCAAAGAAAAUAGGUCCUCAAGUUGUUAAGCAGGUUAAGAGACCUAUUGGGCGGCCUCCAAAACCAAAAGUAGAUAUAACUGAAAGGAGAGAAUGUAGAGCUGAACUCAACAGUGAUGGUAAAAGUACCAAAUCUGAUGCAUCAGUAAUGGAAGAAGUUAAUAGCAACAAAAAUAUCACUGUGACGGUUGUUUUUGGAAGGUCAAGAAGAACUAAAAGACAUGUUUCUGAAGGUAAUCUAAAUGUAAUCAGUACUCUGCCCAGAGAACAGGUAGACUUCAGUUUUGCCAAUGACCACGGCAAAGUGAGGCAUAGCACAGAAACUGAAAAUGCUUUGACUGAAAUAGUGAAAGCCUUGCAGAAUUCUUCUACUGAAAAUGAGGUCUCUGGUUAUGACUAUGUUAGACCUAUCAAGAGCAACCUGGCAUCACCACAUCCUUGCAGCAAUAUUAUACGGCCAGUUAAGAAACCGUUAACUGCCAUUCGAAAACCUGGUCGGCCAGCAAAAGUAAAAAUCUCUGGCAUAUCUGUGACUGUUAAUAGAGUUUCACCUCAGGAAAGAAAAGUGAGCAUUAGCAACUGUUUGCCUCCUUUACAACAGCAGAACUUAUUAGAAAAAAGCAUAUCACAGGAGAAAAACAAUCAGCUGUGCAAUAAUAUGAGUCAAGUAAAGAGUAUGCAGAAAGAUUCUAGAGAAGAUGGAUCAAACAGUGUUAUUACAACAGUGUCAAGAAAACGCGAGAUUCCAUUGAGACACUCUGUUAGAGACAGAAAGCCCUCAUUGCAUUUCUUACAUUCAUUAGCAUCCUCUAGUGCAUUUACUUGUAGAAGUGCCUUGCUGCAUAAAUCUUACAAACUCCAUUUGAGAAAAGCUAAAGAUCAAAAGGAAAAACGCAGGCAAUCAAAUCAGAGCAUAACAUCCACAGAUACCUCAGAAAUGAGAAAUUCAGAAAAUUCAGAAAAGAAUUUUGGGGACAGUGAUUUUGGGCCCAUUAAUGAUGUAUCAUCGGAUCCCAUUUUUUCAUCAAAGCCUUCUCUCAGGUGGUGGGCUACUUCCGCUUCAAGUGACACUUUGAUGGAAGAACUAAAUAAUAGAUUUGAACAGAUAACUAAUACCUGGUUGCGAGUGGGGGGAAAUGAGUUUGAUAAAUGUGUAUGUGAAAACAGGGAUCCCACUGAACAAGACUGUAACAGUGAAAUGUCAAACCCUUUAGACUCCUGCCUUGUAGAAAUUGAAACAUCACCUAUAAAAAUGCUGUUUCAGAAAAAGUGUAACAUGAAUGAACUCUGCACCUGGUUUAUGCAAACUACAGAAACACAGUCUCUCUCACUAGUGAGAAAGGCAAAUGCUCGCAAUCCUUUAGAAGUAGUUAGUACUAGAGAGAUAAAGAUGGAAACUAAGCAAUCUGAUCUUAGUACUUGCCUUUUCAGAAAGCACUUUAAAAAGUUUGCACUAUCCUCUCCUUCAAAACCCGCAGGGAAAUUACAAAUAUUACAUAAUAUGGUGAGGUCUCCAGUCUUAAGCAUGAAAAGUAAUUUUGCAUUAGCCAGAUUGAAAAGAAAUGAAUUUAAAAAGUUACAGCAUGAUAGGUGGGGACAACCAAAAAAAAAGCUGUAUAGCCAGGCUCCUGGAGGCUGGAAAUCAAAAAAGAAAAAUUUACAGUUUUUUUGCCAAAGCCAGUUGUUUAAAAGUACAAGUGAGGAAAGCAGUGAUGGAAUGCCUGUGCUCCAGGAAAAAAAUACAGUAGAAAUCCAGCCCACUCAAACUUUGGUAGAAUCUCAGAGUAGCCUCUUGCCAACUGAGAAUGAAGCCAGAGAUGCAUUUGUUCAACAGAUGAUGGGAUCUUCUGAUUUUAACCCACAUCCCGGUUUAGCAAGUAUACUUAAGUCACAUGCAGAGACAAAUGGAACAAUUUGUUGCCAACAAAAUGUUAGAAAAGGACAAAGCCAAGAUAAACUGUUUCCAAAUACAUGGAAAGCCAAAACCUUUAAAGAUUGUAGAAUAUUUCUGAGAAAAAUCAACCAUAUUGAGCAGCACAAUUCGUUUAAAUUAAAUAAUGUCAUUUAUUCUCCUGAAGCUGUUGAAAGUAAAAGCCAUCAGGCCUAUUUGGAAGAAAAAAGACACCCUCUUUUGAGGUCCCAUUCUACUAAGCAAAACACAUUAAAGAAACAAGAGAAUGAAAUGGAAACACCUAAAGGAUCUAAUUCUUCUAAAGUGACUGAAAGACUGGAUGACCAGUUUCACAGCAGAGAAUUAAGUAGUGUUGUAAACCAUGAUGAUAAUGCUGCUGGUAGUUCUGAAGUUCUUAUCAGAAUAAACAAAAGAAAAAGUCCACAAUGGGAGACCACUGAUACAAAUGUAAGAAAAAGGCAUAAGAGACAAUCAUACAAUAGUGGACAAAUGGCAGCUUAUUACCCAAAGUGCCAAGUAGGUCCAACUCCUGGCUCCACACAAGACCACCUAAAAAUCAAACCAUACUUCUGAUAGCACUGUCCAGAUGCUCCUCAGAGACCAGCACCUUGGGGCCCACUGCUCUGGGCUGAAUGAACCAAGGGAGUUCAGACACUGCUCGUACAUCUUGCCACCUAGACCCUUCCCUGUUUUUGUAGUCCUCCUUUGGACACCCUAACAGUUCUAUAUCCUUGUAUUGUAGCACCCAAACGUGCAGCCAGUGCUCCAUGUGAGGCAACCCAGCACAGAGCAGAGGACAAUCCCUUCCCUCUCUUGACUGGCAGUGCUGGGCCUGAUGCCCAGGGGAUGGUUGCCCUUUUGUCUGCCAGGGCACACUGCUGGCUUAGACUCCACUUGCUGUCAUCCAGAAGCCCCAAGUCUCUUCCCAGCCUCUCAUUUCCCAGUCAGUAGAGGAUUUCCCCACAGCAGGUACAGAUUCUACCACUUGCCAUUGUUGAACUUCAUGCACUUGGUGAUUGCCCGGCCCUUGAGUUUGCAAAUUCUAGACUCCCACAGCAUUUAUGUUUUUUUCAGCUAACCAGGACAGAACAAACAAAACCAAAAACUCCUGCGCUAUCACUUCAAUUAGCUGUUGAGUAUUUCAGUUGGUUGCUCCUAGAUCAAGUUUCAAUACCAGGCCACGCCUGGAAGGCAGCAAUACUUCAGAAGUCAGCCCUACUUCCUUCUCAUACAUUCUUAAUCCUGAGGCUUUGAUUUUCCUCACAGCAAGAGGGCAAAGUCUCAAAUCUGAAGAGGCUGUAAAUGCAAAAAUUUAACCCUACUGACUGAUGUCUUUCUCUGUCGCUUCCACAGAGCACUGCAUGCUCUGUUUCCAAUGGGAAAGAAUUGAUCAGAGUAACAAAAGCACGUGCAAACCUGAAACGCCAUGAAGGAAAAAGGUGCAAAGGCAAAAACAAUACAAAGGAUCGCUCUGAAGAGGAGAGACAAACAAAAUACUGGCUGGGGGGCAGUACCCCAUUUACAGAGGGUUAGGAAUAAGGAUUAGUAAAUUAGAAGUGCUAUGCACCUUCUUUGCAUUAUUACAAAAGCACAAAACUUUCCAGAGAGCUUGCAUAAAAAUGUAAAGCAUGAAAAUUGUGUUUCAAAUGAUCUGUGAAAAAUAUUAAAUUGCCACUUCAGCUGUUAUACAAGCUGUAAUUCCCUCUUGCCAUCAAGAGAAAAAGUUUAAUGUGAAUCAGCCAAUAGUACUUAAGUAAUGCAAACCAGUACAUCUCAGGGUAGAGUCUUACAACUACUUGGCAUCCUCCUACUGUUCACCCAUGUUAUAAGCAGUUUUGCUUAGGUCUUCACAUAUGCAACAAAGUGAAUUGUAUGGUUACAUAAUCAGGAACUAGAACUGCAGUGAGCACUACAUGCUGCAGCGCAGUCAGUCCUUGAUAAUCUGCACUUAAGCUCUGCGAUAGACCUGGCUUCCUGAAAUGCAGAAGGUGGGGCGUUCUGCUGCUUAAAGAUUCCUUUAAAAGGAGCAAGAGGGUGCAGGUACUUUACUGCAUGAUUGUUAGCUCAUAACCUUCAUUACGGUACAUUGAAUUUCAUGUUUGCUAUCUCAAUAAUUAGGAAUAUUUCCCACUUUUUGCCAAUCUUGCACUUCGAGAAGGAUGGUGAUGAACACUGUUGCACGUGGGACAAAGAUCUCUGCAGUGAAAUAGAGUAGGGAUGGAGAGGUUUGAAAUUCAUUCCUUGAGGAGUUUUUGAGGUUUUGAUUUGAUUUCGUUGUUUUUCUUUCAUUAAGUGGCAGGACAGUAUUCCAAACUCUGCCUUUUUCUUUCCUCACCUGAGCAUGAACCACUACAGUGCUUUAUAUGGCAACAUGGUUCAAUCCACAUUUACAUCCUGGUUUGCUUAGUGAUCCCCACAGAGAACUGGGUUUCUUUUCCUUCUCCUGUUACUUACUGUCCUAGAUUUGUCUCUAUAUUAGUCUUUUUAUGGCUGUACAAAAUAAUGUCAUUAAAGACAAAAUAAUUUCUGCCCAUUUCCUGUUCUGUGGUUUUACAGUGGAUUUGGAUUAAGGAAGGCCAGGCUGCAGACUGCUGCUCCUGUGCAAAGGAAUGUUGGUGGCAGGAGUCUCACCUAGCACAGUCUCUGCAAACGAACAAAAUCAGCUGCUCCUACACAAACAAGCCCCAUCCAGCUUCGCAGCAUGGAGAGCCUAGCACAGUUACGUUCUGGCCUGCUGGUUCUGGUCUGUUUCUGGAACAUACUGCAAUAAAACAAAAAAUCAUAAACCAGUACAGGCAGCCUGCCACCACCUCGCCUUUAUCAGUUUGCUUGUUUGCAGGACAAAGAGGAAAGCAUACUAAACUUUCUCUCAUUUCUUUCUCCCCUCUCCGACCCCCACUUCUUUCCUCACAGCACGCUACAAGUGAAAGUCUCUGAGCCGCAGAAUUCAAUAGAUGUGAACACAGAAAAUGAACAUUUGAAGUCCAUAAAGAUGUGCCUUAAUC